UCCAGGUGGCAACGUCGAAGCAACAAACUCACUGAUAAUCCGCAUAAAUAAUUGCCAAUUCUUAUCUGUUUAAGUAAAUAAUAGUUUUAAAAUAAGUAAUAAGUAAGAGCGUGAGACACAAUGGCGGAUCGGGCUAUUAAGCUGCUGGUGAUCGGGGAAAGCGGUGUGGGCAAGUCCAGUUUGAUUCGUCGCUUCGUGGAGAACAAGUUCGAUGAGAAUCAUGACGUCACGAUUGGCAUGGACUUCAAGAGCAAGGUGAUGAACGUCGACGGAAUCGACUACAAGGUGGCUCUUUGGGACACGGCAGGCGCGGAAAGGUUCCGCAGUCUUACACCCAGUUUCUACAGGAAGGCCCUGGGCGCCAUCCUCGUGUACGAUAUCACCAACAGGGAUUCCCUGGUCAAAUUAGAGGCCUGGCUGGCCGAAUUAGACAGCUACAGCGAUAAUCCAAACAUAGCGAUCAUUGUGGUGGGCAAUAAGAUUGAUCAGGAACGAGUCGUGGAUCGUGAGGAGGGUCGCAAGUUCGCCAGGAAGCACAGGGCGCUUUUCAUUGAGACCUCGGCCAAAUGCGAUCAAUUCGUCAGUGAUGUGUUCAAGGAUGUUGUGGAGAAGAUCGUUUCCUCCGAGUACUUCAACAAUGGCAAUGGCUCUAGCGGUCUGGAUAUAGCUAGCGAUCGGGAUCUGGAGGCAAGCGCUUCCACGUGUUACUGUUGAUAUUUGGAUGUUGUACGUGCUUUUGUCAAAUUUAUAUCGUGUAUUUAUUUAAUCGUUUCAAUAUCACUAGCAUAAAGUCAAACUCGGCAA